UACUCAGUACGUACCAGGUGUAAAAACCUGGACGCUUAAAUACGCAUCAUCCCUAGCAUACAUACUGAAUUAUAUUUCUCUCUAACUUUACUCGUUAGUCGUUCUCACUUAGAAAACAAAAGUUUGUGUGAAUUUUUUUAUUUUUGUAAAAUUGAUUAUUUCUUCACUAAAUGGUUCUGGAGAUAAGAUAAGAUUAUUUGACGUGUCGUCAAGUUGUGGAAAAAGUAUUUUCGAUGUUCAGUGCAGCAAACGAGACAGGGAUUUAUGAUUUUUUUAACAGUAGUGAUAGCGAGAACUGUGUUAGUGAACUGCCACAGAAGUGUUGUUUUGGUCUUUCCGCAAGAAACCGCAGUCCGGAGGGAGCAGAACAGACUCAUCUUGGAGUCAGCUAGUGUUCGACCAACAAUAACCACUGAGACCUGCUCCACCCAUCGUCACCAUUGCUCGCACAGUCGUUAGCGGGGAGUGCGGGGAGUACGGCGGGCGCGGGGCGGUGAUGCCGCGAUGGCGUCGCGGCGCGUGACGCGCAAGUGGGAAGUGUUCGCCGGCCGCAACCGGUUCUGGUGCGACGGGCGGCUGAUGACGGCGCCGCACCCGGGCGUGUUCGCGCUCACGCUCGCGCUCAUCUGCGGCACGUGCGCGCUGCACUUCGCGUUCGACUGCCCGUACCUGGCGCAGCGCGUGUCGCCCGCCGUGCCGGCCGUGGGCGCGGCGCUGUUCCUGUUCACGCUGGCGGCGCUGCUGCGGACGGCGCUGUCGGACCCCGGCAUCAUCCCGCGCGCCGCGCCGGCCGAGGCGGCGGCGCUGGAGGCCGAGGCGGAGGGCGGCGCGGGCCGGCCGCCGCCGCGCGCUCGCGAGGUGCUCGUGCGCGGCCGCCCGGUCAAGCUCAAGUACUGCUUCACGUGCAAGAUGUUCCGCCCGCCGCGCGCCAGCCACUGCUCGCUGUGCGACAACUGCGUGGACCGGUUCGACCACCACUGUCCGUGGGUGGGCAACUGCGUGGGCAAGCGCAACUAUCGUUCGUUUUACACGUUCGUGGUGUCGCUGUCGUUCCUGGCGGUGUUCGUGUUCGCGUGCGCGGUGACGCACCUGGCGCUGGCGGCCCGCGGCGCGGGUCUGCCGGCGGCGCUGCGCUCCACGCCCGCCUCGGCGCUGGUGGCCGCCGUGUGCUUCCUGUCCGUGUGGUCGGUGCUGGGGCUGGCCGGCUUCCACACAUACCUCGCCUCCACCGACCAGACCACCAACGAGGACAUCAAAGGCUCGUUCUCGUCGCGGCGAGGCGUCUCCAACCCCAACCCGUACUCGCGCGGUAACGCUUGCGCCAACUGCUGGCACGUGCUGUGCGGCCCGCUGGCGCCAAGCCUCAUCGACAGACGUGGGGUGUUCACUAUCGACGUGAAGGACGAGCUCCCGUCGAGUUUCGUGCGCGCGCUGAGCGCGGCGGGCGCGGGCGGGGCGGCGGGCGCGGGCGCGGGGGCGCGGGCGCGGGGGGCGCGGGCGGCGCCGAGCCCGUGGCGCUGCAGCCGGCCGCGCUGCAGGCCGCGGCGGGCGACGGCUACGGCGGCCUGUACGACGCGCCCGCGCGCCACGCCUACAUGAACCGCACGCUCGACCUCGACCCCGUGCCGCUGCAAGAGGUAUGCAUCGGCGGCGCGGCGUCCGGCGGCGGCGGGCUCAGCGCCUCGCGCCUGCGCCUGCUGCACGACACCACCAUGAUCGACGCCGCGCUCGACCUCGACGAGCCCGAGCCGCCGCCGCACCUGGGCGCGACCCCCGG